AUGAAUGGUGAGCAAUGGACACAGGGAACUGGAGCCAGGUAACAGAGUUCAUCAUCUUGGGCUUCCCCCAUCUCCAGGGUGUCCAGAUUUAUCUCUUUCUCUUGUUGCUUCUCAUUUACCUCACGGCUGUCGUGGGAAACCUGCUGAUAUUCCUGGUGGUCUGCCUGGACUCCCGGCUUCACAUACCCAUGUACCACUUUGUCAGCAACCUCUCCUUCUCAGAGCUUGGCUAUACAGCUGCUACCAUCCCUAAGAUGCUGGCAAAUUUGCUCAGUGAGAAGAAGACCAUUUCAUUCUCUGGAUGUCUCCUGCAGGUCUAUUUCUUUCACUCCCUUGGAGCAAUUGAGUGCUAUCUCCUGACCGCUAUGGCCUACGAUAGGUACUUAGCCAUCUGCCGGCCCUUCCACUACCCCACCCUCAUGACCCUAACACUCUGUGCAGAGAUUGCCAUUGGCUGUUGGCUGGGAGGCUUGGCUGGGCCAGUAGUUGAAAUUGCCUUGAUUUCACGCCUCCCAUUCUGUGGCCCCAAUCACAUUCAGCAUAUCUUUUGUGACAUCCCCCCCGUGCUGAGCUUGGCUUGCACCGAUACGUCUAUAAAUGUCCUAGUAGAUUUUGUUAUAAAUUCCUGCAAGAUCCUAGCCACCUUCCUGCUGAUCCUCUGCUCCUACGUGCAGAUCAUCUGCACAGUGCUCAGAAUUCCCUCAGCUGCUGGCAAGAGGAAGGCCUUCUCCACGUGUGCCUCCCACCUCACUGUGGUUCUCAUCUUCUAUGGGAGCAUUCUCUUCAUGUAUGUGCGGCUGAAGAAGAGCUACUCACUGGACUAUGACCGCGCCCUGGCAGUGGUCUACUCAGUGCUCACACCCUUCCUCAACCCCUUCAUCUACAGCUUGCGCAACAAGGAGAUCAAGGAGGCUGUGAGGAGGCAGCUAAAGAGAAUUGGGACACUGGCAUGAGUGGGGGCUGGGAGUAGGCCAAUGCUGGGGGCUGAGGAUACAGUGACCCCAGGGAUCAACAGU